GUGAGGCAAAAGGAGAGAGUGCAAGUUAGACACAGAGCGUUUUCUCCCACCCAGUGGCCUGCCAAAGGCGAGAGAUCUGCCCACUCAGGACUUAACCCUGUCAGGUAAAGCCAUGGAUGAAGAAGGAACUAUACGUUGUGCCUGUCUGAGGGUUAUGUGAAGACAUAGAAGACCUCCAGACAUUCUCUGUACAGAACCCAUAAGUAAGAGUCAAAGCAGGAGGGACUAAAAUAGACUUGGAACCAGAGGAAGCAAUACCAAGCGGGAUGCAAAGCAUGUAAAUAUACUUUCUCAGCCGUCCUUCCCAUGGCAAGAUAUGAAUCAUCAAAAAACCCUGGAUUUCACAGGCAGGCCUCUUAUAAACAAAACUUAGAGACAAAACAGGUCUUCAGGACUGUGGAGAAGCCGUUGUAAGAGUCUGAGGAUGCACAUUUUUGGAUUAAGCCUGUGAGGAUCUAGGAUCUUGCCACUCUUCAAACCUUGUCCAGUAGAAACUGUUAAAUGUUUCUUCAGGAUAUAAUGUUUCCCUGCAUCAGAGGAGCUACCAGUCUGGAAUUGAGCAAGGGAUUGUACAAAAAAGGUUAGGCUUGGCCUGGAAGACCAAAGUCAAAAUUUUCACUUGAGAAGUGGCAAAAUCAUGACUUCUUCUGCUCAACAGACUUUUACCACAAACGAUCAAGGACUCAACUACUCUCCAGCCCUCAAUCAAUAGUGCUUGCUUGUAUCUGUUGUGAAUAUUCCCUUACAUCAGAGGAAUGGAAAUGAGCAAGAUAGUCUACAAACAUAGUUAGACUUGGCUUGGAAGACCAUAGUUGAGAUAUCCCUCUUCCCCCUUAACAAGUGGGGCACUCAAGACCUUAAUCACCUUCUGGUCAUCAGACUGGCCAUUUGCUACAAAGGACAUUUUGUGUUUAAUCUGUGGAUGAACUCUUGAGGGAGUGGAGGGACUUCCUUGAGCCAGCUUGUACCAGAUGGAGCAAAUCACUGAGUUUUUUAAUGACUUGUGGCAGCUUGCAACUGACAGGCACAACAAGGGCAUCUACAAUACAGUGUGUCUUAUGGUGCUGCUCACUCUUCCUUUGGUUGUUUUCUUCACCUCCCUGAUAGUGUGCUGCCACUGCUGUUUCUGUCGAGGUGCUGAUGGUUGCUCAUGCUGUUGCCAAAGAGAUGGUACCACAGUCACAAGCACCCUGGUAGAAAAGAAGAAGAAGAAAAAGAACAAGAAGAAGAAUGGUGGCCAGACAGAGGAGGACUUGUGGAUUUCGGUCAAGACUGACCCCAUGACUCCAGACAGAGUGGCUCUCACUAUAGUGUAGCUAGUAGGCAGCACUCUGCACUAAAGGAAAGACUGGACAUUUAUUUAUAUCUAGGCCCUGUUUUACAGCAAGGUACAUGGGAGGGAUAUUAAGGAUUGCGCUGUAAUUAUUGACUUUGAUGUGCCUGAAAAAUGGAAUCCAGUUCAAUUUGUCUUGUGACUUUGAAAAGCGUAUUAAGCAGAGUUGAGAUUAAGCAAUGGUGUGGGGUAGCAUUAUGUGUGCGUGUAUGCCAACUCACGACAAGUGGAUUGCCCAUUCCUAUUUCUAAGCAUAACACUGCUCAGUGAGAAUUUCCUUAAAAUGCUACUGAUUAUGUUCUGCAUAAUUACAAGGGUCGUUCAGAGUCGUUUGAUGUAAUAUGCUCCAUUGCAGAGCAACUUAUUAAGUCAAAAUUGUUCACAGUGAUAGUGAUAGAAAACAGUUUGUUAUUUGAAAUAGUUUGUUAUAUGAAUCAUUUGAACCAUUUAAUGGUUUAACAGCUACCUUACAAACACAUAUUACAUGAAAUACAUUGCCUGAUGCCUGAGACAUUGUUUUAUGAUAGGGGAUUUUGGCCUUAAAUGUAUUUUGUAAAAUCCUUUUAUGGUAUGAU